AUGAAGGUUGACAAUCGAGUCACGUGGUCGGGAGUCCGGAAAGUAGGAGUUGGAUACAGCAUCGUAUGGAAGAAAGAGGAGGUCGCCAAAUUCAGCGGCGGCAUCGGCCCUCGCGCGGACAUAUUUGACGCCGAAAUGCUCGCGCUUGCGCUCAUUGUCCGCAGAUGCACGCGAUUUGCAAAGUCACACAAUAUUCUCAGAAUCCACAUCUUCUCGGACAACCUAGCCGCCGUACGCAUUAUCAACAAAUGCAGCCCCCAUGCCGCCCAAUACGCAUCAAUACUAUUCCGAAAAGAGGCCCACACAUUCCUUCAAGGCAACGCAAGGAGGUCAAUCGUGGUCCAAUGGAUCCCAGGCCACUCCAAAAUCGAAGGCAACGAACGUGCGGACAAACUGGCUAACGCAGGACUCGACUCCCGCCCCACGCCGUUCUUUAACCGGACCGCUACCUGGGCCAAAUGCCGCGCCACUCAACGCGCAGCCAAGUCAUGGGGACGCUUAUGGGCAGAACACCCCCACUCAAAAACGGUCCAAAAACACAUCCCACGUCCCCCGGCACUCAAAUUGCACCCAAUAUUCCAAAACCCCAGUAUCCCUCGAUCGGUGUCCUCCCGCCUCAUCCACGUUAUGACAGGCCACGGCUGCUUCGGCGAAUACAAGGCCAGAAUGCCUUUCAUUAACGGAAGCGCCAAGUGCCAAUGUGGCGACCCGAACCAAACCAUCCCCCACCUCCUGUUCCACUGCCCGCUUGCCGAAGACAGCCGCAAGCUCCUUUUCGAAGCGGCACCAGACCUCAACCCCGCAACCCUCUUCGGGACCCCCAAGGGAUUGGAAGCGGUCGCCAAAUUCAUCUACCAUUCCGGAAUUGGCCUAUAUAAAUAG